CUGACCUUGUGAUUCGCCCGUCUCGGCCUCCCAAAGUGCUGGGAUUACAGGUGAGAGCCACCAGGCCUGGCCUAUUAGCUCUACUCUUAAAGUCAGUUUUUGUGGCUGUGAUUUUUUAGCUAGGUCUCUAUUUUGUAAACAUUAAUUAAGCCUCAGUAUGAAACUUAAGCAACAGCAGAUACAUUCCUGAAGGGGAAGCUAAGGCUCAAGGCUAUUAAGUCAGAGAUCCAAAAAUAACCAUGCUUCAGUUACCACACCUAAAAUAGAAGCUGUGUGUGGAACAAUGGUCCUGUAAUGUGGCACAUAAAACAUUUUUUCCUGGUCAAAUAUUACUGUUUCGUCAAAUAUUAGUAUAAAUAAAUGAUAAAAUAUAAAACACGUCUAAAAGAAUUGUUUUAAAAUCCGUGACUAGGCGUGAGUGAAUAUUUUGGGGCCUUGGAUUUAUCUGCAAAAGGAUAAGAUUCUAAGGCCCUUUUACUCUGUUUGUUGCUGCUUUUUAAUUUUUUAAAAUUGUCAUAUCAAGUCAUAGGAAUGCUCUAUGAAGUAUAUUUGGAAUUCAGUAAUAUCAAUAAAGUGCUACGGUAGUAUCUUAUCUGAAAACUCAGGGAAUUGUUUGUUUUUAUUAAUUAAAAUUUCAGGAUAAGUGAAACAUACUUUUUUAGCUUUAACUCUAAAAAAUACUUUAGUCCACGACUUUUUGAGCUCACUUUCUUAGCUAGGGUUCUGGUAGCAUAUUUUUCACAAGUACCAGUAGUUUUAGGUAUUACUGGGAAACUGCUGUUUUUGUUUGUUUGUUUGUUUGUUUGUUUAAUAUUUUAGACUAUAGUUUAAGUUGCUCAGUAAAUGUCUGAUACAUUUUCCCCCAUAUCUUCUUUAGGUGUAUACUUUUUUUUUUUUUCUGAAUUUGGUUUCUCCCAACUCUAUAUUUCUCUUCAUUCUGUAGUUGAGUUUUAAAAGAAAUUUUUGCAAUAACAGGAAGUACACAGUGUGUUGUCAAAUAUGCACAGGCACCAUAUUUUAUCGCAUUGACUUUAUAGAGUCCAGAUAGACAUUACAUGAGGAUUUUUAUCCUCAAUCUUAUUUCUGUUCAUGUACUUAUUAUUAACUGCCUCCAAUUCUUUUGAAAAUGGUGAGAUUUAAAUCCUAAAUAAACAUUUCAGGUGUUCCAUCUUAACAUAAGUCGCCAACUUCUAAACCUGGCACUGGGAAUUUGAAGAAUAGGAUUGGUCCCUACUCUAAGGAGUUUUCAGUCUAUCGGGGGAAAUCAAAGAUGUAAGCAAAUAAGUGCAAUAAAAUACUAUAGAUGUUCUGAUAGAAGAAUGUAAAGAAUCCAACAAAGGCAAAAGGAAAGACAGGUUUGUUCUGUCUUCUUAGGGGAAGUGAUGUUUGAGCUGAGUCUUGAGGCAGGAUUAGGAAGGGAUAUAGAAAAGAAAAGUAGCACAAAGCAAGACUCAGUGAACGCUGAACAAAAGGCCUGAUUCCAGCUCUGCUACCAGGCAAAUGUGUGAUCCUGGGCAUUUACCUCGCCGAGCUUCCAUUUCCUCAUUUGCGGAAAGGAUGGGGGCUAAAGCACAUCUAACACCAUUUCUAGAUCGAAAAGUCCUCUAUCAUGAUUAGACUCGAUAACCAUGAAAGGAAAAGCUUUUAUAGUAAUUGAAAUUUGUCUUCCUAGAGCCUUCUUUUCACAUAAUUAAAUGGCCACAAGUUCUCUGUUUUGCUAGAGAUACAUCUCCACAUAAACCUUUUAAACUCACCAGGCUUUUCAGUGUUGCUUGCAGUUGUGCUGUCAUUAGAGAAUAUUACUUUUAAUAUUUAAUAAACCUCAAGCUAUUUAUUACAUAAGUGACCUCAGUCUAAGGGAAACCCAGGUGGAAGAGAUCUUGGAGGUCCUGAAGUCUAGCAGGAUUUCUCUCUAUAGCAUCUAAGUUUGCUAAGAUUGUUGUCCUGGGGACUCACAGUCAGCAUCUUAUGGCUAAAGGAAAUGUGUGAAGGGAAGGACUUAUAUGCCAUAUGGAGGAAGGCUAUAAAAAUUGCAAUUUUCUAUUAAAGCCUCCUGCAAUUAGAAUGGUUCAUGGUAAUAUUCUCUUCCUUCAGAAUGUUUUAUGGCCACUGCUGACUAGCUUAAUUUUGUGUACCUAGUCUUCUUGCACAAAGGAUUUGAGGCAUCUCACCAGAAUAUGAACAAUGUAAUAAAAGAGAAAAAUUUAAAAAUCAGUUACAAAACAAAAAACAGAUCCAGGGAAAGUAUAGGCAGAGCUGAGAAAUCUGAGGAGGAGAAAAGAGCAUUUGCAGAGAAGCAGGGUGUACACGGAUGUACAAUUCUUAAAAUUGGGCCACACAUUUGACUGUGAGCUUCCUGGCAAGCAAAGCAAAAAGAACGAUUACAAAGUGGUCCACAGAAGGAAAUAUUUUUUUUCUGGAUAAGCCAAGUUCUCUAGACCCUUAGCUGAAAAUAGUAUUUGUGGGUGGUUCUUCAUAGGCCCGUAUGGCUUCCUGAUGGCUGUGCUUCUUGUGAAGUUGAGUUCACAAGCCCAACCUCUUGUUUUUAACGUCAGUGUUUUCUUCCAGGGACAAUGACUCAUUCUUCCCAGGACACUGGUUCUUGUGGCAUUCAGGAAGAUGGAAAGCUUUAUGUGGUGGAUUCCAUAAAUGACUUAAACAAAUUAAACCUCUGUCCAGCCGGAUCGCAGCAUCUGUUCCCUCUAGAGGACAAAAUCCCAGUCCUUGGCACAAACUCAGGAAAUGGAAGCCGGAGUCUGUUUUUUGUGGGGCUGCUAAUUGUGCUGAUUGUCAGCCUGGCACUGGUUUUUUUCGUGAUAUUUCUAAUAGUUCAAACUGGAAACAAGAUGGAUGAUGUGUCAAGAAGACUAACAGCUGAAGGAAUAGACAUAGAUGAUCUUAAGAGAAUAAACAAUAUGAUUGUAAAGCGACUCAACCAAUUGGACUCUGAACAAAACUAAAGAAAUUAUUUUCUGAGAGCAACUGCUAACACCUUGAGCUUCUUACUUUCCUGGGAGUGUACAGGGUUAGGAACUGAGAAACUGCACUUCUUCAGGCAACAGGUGAUCUGAUCAGGGAACCCACCCCUGGGGCCCACUUUCUGCAGCAAGAUGGGAUCAACCCCAAGGCAAGUGGGUAUGGGAAUAGCAACUAAAAAGGGGUGAAUUUGUCUCAGCCCCCUUUUAUGGUAGGACACUUCAUCUUUAAUGGGGUUAAGGGUGGGCGGCUAGCAGGGAGGAGAAUCAACAGAAGGCAAGAGAACUUGACUACGCACAUACAGGUUCUUACCGAAGGAGCUUUGCUACCAGAACAAAUUCACUGUGUCAGUGAAGUUCAUGACAUCUCAUGCACCUUUACAGAUGCCUGGGAAAGCCUGAGAAAUUCAUUGAGUUUUAUGUGUUGAAGGGAACCAGGUGAUUACUCUUUUCAAUAAGAUGGAUUCUGCUCAGGUGAUUAGAAUUUAACUCUAUUUCCCCAGGGACAGCAAUGGGUGGGCCCCAGAGCUAGUUGCUGUCUAGUGUUUGCUGGUGAAAACAUGAGCAGUAGUUAUGGCAUUGGACCUGGUUAUGUAGGGUUGGAGGUUCAAAGGGAAAGCCUAAUUAAUUCAACUAAUGUUUAUUAAGCUCCUACUCUGUGCAAAUCACUCUACUCUAGAGGAGCUUCCAUAAGAGUGCAGGGUAAAGAAAGGAGAUGGACAGUUAUAUGUAAUUAUAUAAGCUUCGUUUACUUUGUUUCUCAUGAAAAAUCCCCUUUGGUACCCUGCUGAUUGAUUUGGAAGAAAUCUGGUAGGUUUGUGGCCUUUGCUAAAUUACACUAGGAAAUUAUGUAGUUAGAAUAUUUGGAACCUGCAUUAGUUCCAGCAACGAAAGUAAGACACACAGCAUAUGACAUAAGAUACAGUGUGAAAUAAAUGAGUUUAAAAAGCAUAUGAGUCUUAGAAAAUCUUUUAUUUAAUAUAAAAAUAUUCUACCAGUCAUGAAGAAUGUAUUAUGAUUUUAUCAUUUUGGGUUGAUCAAAAACAUUUGGGUUUACUAGGAUAUUAAACAUUCACUUUAUAACACUAAAUAGUUAAUGAAAUAAACACAACACAUUUUGCUUAUCCA